GUGGGUGGAUGGGGAGCGCCUGGUCGCUGAAAGUGCAUCUGGCGAGGAUCUGCCUUUGGUAGAGCUCGGCAUCACCGCUACCCUCCUGCAACUGCUGGGUACCGGCGUGAUGCACACGGAUCCGCAUGGGGGUAACUUGUUGAAGGGGCCCAUUGUCGGGGAUGCGCGCAGCUGUCCGCCAAGCAGGCCUUCACUGCCAUCGCGUCAGCUAGUCUAUUUAGAUUUCGGGCUCGUUGCCGACGUGCCCCUGCAGGUGCGUGAAGGCUUGGUCUGUGCCGUCAUGUAUAUGGUGGAGCGGCGUUGGGUGGAUGUCGCCAGCCUCUUCCAUGCACUCAUGCUCCUGCCCGACUGGGUAAUCGCAGAUGCCGCGACACUGGCGAGCUUCACGAGGGAUAUCGAGCUAGCUGCGAAGGAGGCAUUGGUUUUCCCGUCGGAGACAAAGAGCUCUCGAGCAGAGGUGCCUUCACUUCGCUUUGCAGCUUUGUUGGAGCAGCUGGUCCUGCUUGCCCCGAGGUACGAGUUCCAACUGCCGCCCUACUUCUUGAACAAUGCAAGGGCGCUCGGCUGUUUGGAAGGAAUGGCACGAACCGUCGACCCGGAAUUCAACAUCCUGCAGAAGGUGUACCCCUUUGCGCUGAACACGCUCUUGUCGAACCCAUCUGACUCGCCAGUCCUCCGCGAGACGCUGCGCAAGCUCUGCAGCGACAGCAGCGGACGGCUUUCGCUCAGCCGCGCGAGCUCGUUGGUAGACUCUGCGGCGAGGUUGACUGGAACUCGCUGGCGAAAAGUGGUUGCAGACAGCUUGCGCAGCCGCGGCGGCCGACGAUUCUUCAGGGCGCUGCUGCGAAGCGAAGCCGCGAAGCUCUGUGGCAGGGUCCUCGAAG